CUACGCUUGACCUUUGACCUAUGUGUAUUCUGCAUGAUUUUGCAUCAUUUUGGGAGUAUAUCCCUGACUGAUCAUGUACAUUCUACCACGUCUCUGUUCCCGCCAUCUGAGACAAGUUCUUCAGAAGUCUUGUAGUAGGAACCUGUCCACUUCCUCCAAGAAUGUGCCUCAUGUUUGUAUCGUGGGAAGUGGGCCAGCAGGAUUCUAUACAGCACAACAAAUUCUAAAGGGCCAUCCAGCAGCAAAGGUGGACAUUUUAGAAAAAUUACCAGUGCCAUUUGGUUUGGUGAGAUUUGGUGUGGCCCCUGAUCACCCAGAGGUCAAGAAUGUGAUCCACACUUUUACCAACACUGCAAGAAAUGAGAGGUGUACAUUUCUGGGGAAUGUGGAGGUUGGAAAAGAUGUGUCCAUUGAGGAGCUCCAGGGGGCCUACACUGCUGUUGUUCUGGCUUAUGGUGCAGAUGAUGACAGAACACUUGCCAUUAAAGGGGAGAAAAACCCCAAUGUGAUCUCUGCAAGGUCCUUUGUGGGCUGGUUCAAUGGGCUGCCACAGGAUAGAGAUCUGAAUGUGGAUUUAGACACAGAGAAUGUGGUUAUAUUGGGUCACGGCAAUGUGGCUCUGGACGUCGCUAGAAUUCUUCUUACACCGAUCAGUGUUCUAAAGAAAACAGAUAUAUCACAGCAUGCACUGGAUGCCUUGUCCAGAAGUCGGGUUAGGAAGGUGUAUCUGGUGGGUAGGCGGGGUCCCCUACAAGUGGCCUUUACCAUCAAAGAGCUUAGAGAGAUGAUCAAACUGCCGGACUGUCGACCAGUCAUACACAACAACGACGUUAAAGAUCUCAACAAGGUCAUUGAAGACUUGCCCCGUCCACGGAAGCGACUGACAGAUCUUCUGUACAGAACUAGUAUGGAGCCCUCGGACACAGACUCCCAGCUGUGGGCCCAGGCCUCAAAGGAAUGGGAGCUCAGGUUCAGACUCACCCCUGCUGAGGUCAUCGAGACAGAGGGCAAGGUCACAGGGGUCAAAUUCUACAUCAAUGAACUACAGGGAGAAGAUCUUGUCAAUAAAAUAGCCAAGGCAACCUCAGAGACAGAAGACAUUCAGUGUGGAUUGGUUUUCAGAAGCAUUGGAUACAAGAGUAUACCCAUAGAUCCAUUUUUGCCAUUUGAUGAGAGGAAGGGCAUUAUCCUGAACAAGAAAGGAAGAGUGGAGAAUAGACCAGGUCUGUACUGUAGUGGUUGGGUCAGCACUGGACCAGUGGGGGUUAUUCUGAACACAAUGACAUGGGGGUUUGAGACCGGGAAGGUCAUCCUAAAGGACAUAGAAGAUGGUGCUAUCAGCUCAGAGGGAAAACAGGGGAAUCAGAUUAUCAAGGACAAAAUGCUUUCAAAUGGUAAACAACUGGUGACCUUUUCUGAGUGGGACAAGAUUGACUUAGAAGAAAUAAAGCGGGGAGCGGAGGUGGGGAAGCCAAGAGAAAAGAUCACCCAGAUCUCAGAAAUGCUCAAAGUGGCCAGGUCUUGAAAGAAGACAAUUACCAAAUGAUUUUCUUUUCAAAAUUCAGGAAUCUCUGUUUAUUUCAUAUGUAAGAGAUGUUGGCUAAUCUAGUCAAGUGCUGUAUAAAUUUUGAUUUGUUUGUUAGGUCUGCCAAUGGACAACAAAAGUCCCAAUAAAUAUUACAGAACUGAAAAUGUGUACGGUAAUAUUUAUUCUAUACUAAGGUCAAAGAAAUCAAUGCAUUGGUUCUUAGGCCAAAAUGUUCAAAAUCAAUUCAUGGAUGCAGGGUUUUCAAUUUCAAAGGAGAGUAACUCAAUUUAAUUGAGUUAUUCUUCUUUUCAAUAUGGCAAUAAAUCAAUUAAUAAUCUGCUGCAGCAAUUGACCUAAUGCAAUUUUUUGGCCCGAUUUUUUAUGAAAUACAUAUCUCACUGCAAUUAUGUAAGAUUUUGUAUACAAACAAAAUACAUGUACUGGUAUAUUGGUGAUUAUUACUUCUAAAAUGGCGUAGUCAUGUGCCAUGUAGAAUUCCAACUUCUGGGGCUUUUCUGGCAAACCUCAGAAAUACACGUCAGAUGUAAUAACGUUUAAAUUUUAUACAAAAUGGAGUCAUAUUCCAUCAAUUUAAGUACAAGUAUAGCCUUAUAUGUCUCUUACUUGGUAUAUUUUGGGGUACAUCAUUAAAUUUGAUAAAGUCUUGCUCACAUCUCUUUGUAAAAAGGUUUUAUUGAUGCAUAUGUAAUGCAUUAAAGGUGUUUUUCUGAGCUCUGCAGGAAAGGCCCGAGAAGUUGGGAUUGGUGCCACAUAUUCAAAUUUUACUUUCGCAUCUCAUAUGUUAUCAAUUUAAACUUAGGGAAUCGUUAGAGCUUACUGGAAAUAAAAUGAAUAUUGAAUUAUGUUUAUUUAUUAUUGUACAAUAUCAAAGGGGGGGGGGUUAGUGAUAAUUGUUAAAGGGUUUCCAAGGAAAUAACUUGAUCUGACAUUAAUGUUGUAAAAAUCUAUGUUGUUAAUUAAAGAUGGUCUUUGUGCAUUAAAUGCUUAUCAUACUAGUG